CGAGAACAAAAUGUGCUUUCAUUUCUAUAGGUGAAUCUGCUGAAUUCCAUUCAUGACAACUUCCACCAGGCCAUGGCGUCUUCAGCAGCCAAGGAGCAGUUCCUCAGACAGAUGGAGCAAAUAGUGGAGGGAAUCAAACAGAGUCGCAUCAAGAUGGAGAAGAAGAAGCAGGAAAACAAAAUGAGGAGAGAUCAGCUGAACGACGAGUACCUGGAGCUGCUCGACAAGCAGAGGCUAUACUUCAAAACUGUCAAGGACUUUAAAGAGGAGUGUCGCAAGAACGAGAUGCUGCUCUCCAAGCUGAGAGCGAAAGGAGCUUCUUAGACCGUCUGAUGUCGGAUUCAAAUGAGAUAUGUAAUCUUUAUGAGCUAACCUGAUCUCAGACUAAGUGAACACGUAUGGAGGUUUUUCUUUUUGUAAUAUUCCACUCUUUGUUUUGUUCUUCUUCUUCAUGGCUGCUACGCUUUGUUAUCACUUCUAGCCUAACAUCACAUCGACACUGGGCUACAUCCAGCUGGCUGGGAAACACAAAUGCCAUUAAUUGGUGAAGUGAAAAGAAGCUCUGAAGUGUUUCACAUGUUUCGGCCACAAUGAUCACAGAGUACCAGCCACUCGCUCGUCAUCUCGUCAGACCGUUCCUCUCAAGAAAGGGUUGCAUUUGUAAAUGAAUGUGUAGGAGCCCUGCAACCCUAUAAAUCAAUGAGUUUAAUAAUAUCUGA